AUAAAACACGAAAUCCGGCAGUAAAAGCACUAAUUUAUUGGGAAACGAGUGUCUGCUUCUGACCAAAAUAACAAGUGAUGCCAAAUGAAUGGCGGCACAUGAUGACACGUAUUUUUUUGGUCUACGAUUGUGUUUCAAGGUGUAGGAUCUUUCAUCUUUUGAGUUGAUGGUAUACAACAAUAUCUGCUGCACUAAAUACGUCACAGAUACUAUUAACUGAACAUAUAAACUAGAGCUUCGUCGUAUUUUGAAGUACAUACAAAAGUCUCUUCACAGAAACACUGAAAGUUGGCAGAACAAGCAUCGUUAAACUGAGAACGUCGCUUCGACACAAUUCGCGAUACUGAACAUGGACGAGAAUGGCUCGCUAAACGCAAACCAUAGCAUGGACUUUGAAAUGAAAUUUGUCACGUCAAAACACGUUCACUGGGUGAUUCUCUCGGUCUUAAUCGUCCUCAUGAACUCGUUUGUUAUUCUGUUGUUCGUCUUCAACAAGAACCUACAAAAACCAACAAAUUUUCUGCUCGUGAGCUUGAGCGUAUCUGACUUGCUCACAGGGAUGAUUGGAUUACCCUUAGUGCUUGUGUGCUCAACGAGACCGAUAUGUCUUGCAUGCGUGUUCUCGUAUACCUUCAUCGUGUUCACGUCUAUCUCUACCGUGCUACACAUCCUCGUGAUAUCUUACGAGCGUUACAUAAAGAUCGUGUUCCCGUUUCGAGUGCACCAAAUAGGGAGAGCAAGUUUCGAGUUGAAACUCGUGGCUUGUUUAUGGUUUAUUAGUUUAUUAAUCCCUCCCAUACAAUUCAUCUGGUGGCCUCCGACUCCGACAUCCUGCGACGAAGACCUCAGUCCCGAAGACGCCAGAAGUGAAAGGAUCUUCACCAUCUUAAUUAUGGUACUGUUCGUUGCACUACCUGUGUUGCUCCUGAUCUAUGCUGAUGCCAUGGUUUUCCUCGUCGUUCGUCGGCAGUUGGACGGAAUCGAGAAGACAUCGGUCGGCCUUCGGGAUUCUCAACGACGCCUGCAAAAAGAGACGAGAGUUUUAAUGCUGUUCGCAAUCAUGAUGUUGUAUUUCAUCGUGGCCUGGUCCUUCUAUUUUUCAUCCAUGGUCAUGCAUUCGAUCGUGGGACGAGAAAUGCUCCUUCCUGAAUGGAUAUUCCAGUUUGCAGAGAUUCUACGGUGCAGCACGCCAUUUGUCAAUCCAAUUUUAUACAUCUUGCUCAAGCUUGACUUUCGCCGCGCUGUCUUGGGCGUGAUGAGACGGCUGCUGAGAAAAUACUCUGGAAUGCAAGUUGACAGCAGUGUGGAAUACAGCAAUGGUAUUCGUUCAGGAGGACGUUCAGACUCACGUAGUAAUUACACUGAAAGAACCAUGUUCUUGUGAUACCAUUAUGAGAUUGCUAAAUUACAUGUGUAUAUGAUAAUAACUGGAACUAAAUAGUUCGCUGGAAUUAGGCAAUAAGCGGGGCGUUUAUGGACUAAUAUAAGCUUAGGUAAGCCUAUCGUAACAGGGCAUACACUGUUGUUAGCUGUAGCUCUAACAAGUUGUGAUUUGCAGUGUUAAGAUGGCAGAUUGUAACAAGUAACAAUAAUAUCUCAGGCGGAUAUUUUUUGACGAAAUUUAUAUUUUGUUUCGGAAACUAUUUCAUCUAAAGGUGGCUGCUAUCUUGGUACUCCAAAUUCGUCAUAUUCGGGGGUUUCAACUGGCUUCAGUAGAUGUUCUUUCCAGGCACGUUUUGAUCUGCUUGCGAACAGAAUAUCAAUAAUGCAGCCAACCACAGUGCAGGACUUGUGGCAGUGUACAGACUUGUAUACUAAUCGAUAAUAGAAAGUGAAAUAUAAUGUAAAAUGAGAAUGUAAUUAGUGACGCACCAGUUUUCGGGAAAUCAGUUUAAUAAUUCCUGGUCAUUCAGUUGUGUUUUACCAGGUAUCUAUUCUUUAACGAAUAUUCUUGCAGCCUCGUGAAGGGCUCGCUCUCUCGAUAAAAAGGUGAGCGUCCGUGCGGUGACCACCAAACAUGCUAAUUUGUCAUGUAAUUGAUUUGAAUUGGAUUGGAGUUAAUUAAAGAUGUCAUUAUAUAUACAUAAAUAUAAAAAAAGUAAAUGUAUCCUUUUAUCUAAAAAUAAUAAAAA